AGUAGAAUUAAGACAUCCGGGAUAAAUGACUCAGCUGAGCUCAAUGAAGCCAAAACAUGUGCGUCCAGGCUUAAUUGGUUGCACAAAGACCAAGCCAGGAUGAGCAGACACGGAUUCAUUAAGCCAGGUGAAACCAAUCCUGGAUAGGUGCGCGCUCACGGCUCACUCAAAUAGACCCCGCCACAGAUCACAGAUUAACUGAUUUACCAUGGCAACUAGAGCCGCGUACUUUUCCCCGUCGGAAGCACAAAUCCUCAUGGAGGCAUACGAGGAGGUAAAAGAUAUAAUUAAGAAGAAAGGCAACACCGCCACAGUGAUAAAGCAAAGAGAAAAAGCGUGGCAAAGUAUUGCAGACCGCCUGAAUGCAUUAAACAUGAACGGGCCAAAACAGACAUGGCAGCAGGUCAAAAUCAAAUACAAGAACAUUCUGCAGAAUGCAGUGAAAAAGAAUACCCACAGACAAGGCACGGGUGGUGGGUCACCUAAGGCUGACCUUACCCCAGCAGAGGACAUGGCCUUGGAGCUAAAUAAAGGCAGGCCCGUCUUAGAGGGGAUCCCUGGGGGGAAAGAGACGAGCAUAGGUUCCUCCCAAGAUGCCACCCGCUUCAUUCAAGUGCCUGGCAGCACUGUGUUCCUGUUAGAGCCACCAGCACAAGCACCAGACGAUGCUGAUCCAGGUGAAGGCCCCAGUGCAGCAGCAACAGCACAUGAUGGAGACGAUGAUGAGGAGGAGACCAUCUCUCUGGAUUCCAGAAGGCAUGAGGACCCAGAUGCUAUACAGUGGGAAAACCAGCCUGGCAACAUAAGCUCACAAGCUAUCAGAAAGUUGUAUGGCAACCACCUCCGGCGCCAAAUAGAACUGGCAGACAUAGACAUUCAGUACAAGAAGAAAAAGAUGGAAAAUCUUGCACUGGAGUCCGAAAUAAAAAAGAGGACAAUUAUGAAACUGGACCUUGAAAUAAAAAAACUUGAGAGGGAGCUCCAAGAAGAUGACACAGCUCAAAAUAAAAAUUAGCAAUCAGUACAACCAAGUCAUCGUUAUAAGGCAUCGCCCUCUUUUGCCCACCCCCAGCACCAGGUGUGGCCACUAGCCUAUAUGAAGGCCCAAAAUUGUGUGUUCCUUUCUGCUCUGACAAUGGCAUGCCCAUUCGUGCGAGAUGUGGUGGAUGAAGAAGCACUUGUGCUGAGGAGAGCCUUCAGGCGAGAAAGGGUCUUCAGGGACCGGUUGGACCCACUGGCCUU